UGAUAACCCAGUAUUGAAUAACAAGCGAGGCGGUCAACUUAUAGGACUUUUUCGCUUUCACAGAGUUCAACCAGAAUCAGGUUACGCGUUACCUUAUAUUUUUGAAUUUUUCAUCACCACUCGUAAGUUGUCUUUGUUAUUCAUCAUCCAGUAGAUAACACUUUAUCAACUUUCGCCCGGCCUCUCCCUAACUGUCUUUUCCUAACUGUCUGGCAAUACUAGGACAGGAGUAUCAAAAAAAAAUGGCCGACCUUGUUGCGAAAGCGGAUAAGAAAUUGAGGGGUGGUGGCCUCAUGAGCUUCUUUAGCGGACCACCAUACGACGAAUGCCAAGAACUGUACGAGCAAGCGUGUAACCAGCUGAAACUCGAGAAGAAUUUCCAGUUAGCAGCAGAAGUCUAUUUGACUUAUGGUGGGAUGGAGAUGGAAAUUGAAUUUGUAUUGGUGUAGUAACCAGUACUUCUCAAAAACAAAAUGAUUGAAGCAAAGCAAGAAAUAAUUAAGAAGUAGACAACUUACUUGUAAACUGUACGGAAGGCCGCGGACAAGUGUGGUAGAUAGGAGGCCAAUCUUCAGAUAAACACUUGAUUCAUUGUUAGGCUUUCCAUUAGCCAUGUCCAGAAGAAACCCCGACCCCUAGGGGCAGAGGAGCUUCCUCUAAUCCCCCAAGUUAACACACGUCGCAGAACAAGGUGGAGCGCCAAGAUUCCAAAGGGCAAAUUACUUCGUAGAGGGUGGUAAAUGCUUGCAGAAGGCCAGUUUGAACAUAAAACCCGCCUUACAAGCUUUCAAUACCGCAAUAACGCUCUGGGGCCAAGACGGAAAAUACAUUUAUGGUUCGGUGGUCGAUGAAACUUAGACUUGCUAGAUUUAGCAUGAAGUACACACAGCGAUGUUUGGCUCUUUGUUGAUGCGCCCAGUAGAAUCAAGAUUUUCACUCUUUUGCUAGUGAUGACUACAUUCCUUUGUUCAUUCCUCGCAGAGCGGCAAACAGUUGAAGACCAUAGCUGAGACGCUAGAGGAGGAGCAAAUGGGCACCGACGAUGAGAACAUGAUCAAGGAGUAUUAUCAACGGGCUUGCGAUAUGUUUGAGAUGGACGAUUACGGCAAGUCCCUCUUGUCACAAUGCAAGUUGAAAUUGGCGGACUUUUCCUCACGAUCCGGAGACUAUAAAGCAGCCAUCAUGGUGUAUGAAAGCGAAGCAAGAGCGUGCCUGAGCAACAACUUGCGACAAUAUGGAGCAAAGGAUCUCUUUUGGCAGGUACUUUUAAAAGAGCUAGAUUUUUUCAUCUAUUUUGAAGAAGGUCUGAGUAUUGUAAUAGGGGAACCCUCGUACUUUACUCGGAAUGAAGAAAAAGAAAUAUGUUCCCCUGAAGUUGUUUAGCAAUCAUUGCAGGAAGUAUAAAGAAGUAAGUAGUUUUUUAGUCAUGGUUUCUCUUACACUUGUCUUCACUCUUCAGGCUGGCGUACUCCAUAUGGUGAUGGGAGAUUUGAUUACGUGCAAGAUUCAGCGAGACAGAUACGCUAGUGAGGAUCCGCGCUUUGCCUCUAGUAUGGAAGGUGCUUUGUUUUCGAAGCUAUUAGCUGCUAUCGAGGGGAAUGAUGAGAAAGCUUUCACAGAAGCACUAGGCGAUUAUGAUGAUACCAAACCACUGGAGCCGUGGUUUGUCACGCAUCUGCAGACUGUGAAGGCAAAUUUCUUUGGCAUAGGAGCAAAAGUAGGAGGAGGAGCUAUGAAUGAUUUCGUGGACGACGGGCCAGAUGAUGAUGGACUGGACUUGAGCUGAAUUGUUCAGAACUAACAAGACAACAUUCGAGACGCGUGCCUCUGCGAGUCGCGCGUCUCUCAUCCCUCAAUAAGUAUCAUGAUCUUCCCUCUUCCUCGACAACACACCCUCAAAGAUUGAAGAACCCACGCGCCUCCAACAAUUCGACACCUUUUUUAGGAUUUUUCUCAGUGUAGAUAUUCGGAUUCCCAUCCGGUUUCCCAUGUACUAAGGUCUUGAAGGCCUCCUUCCGCAGCAUCUUCUCUUGACUACAAGAGGAUAGUCCUAAC